AUGGUAGCACCAAGUAAGACUUUCAGGAAAUAUCCCCAGGGGGAAGAGAAUUGGGAGGAAGUGACAUCGUUUUGUCCACCCUCUCUCUCCUCCACACCAACCCACUCAUUCAGGGCUAUCAUCCCCUCUGAGAUGCCCAGUCCCCCAGGUUAGAGACCUCCUGGGAGGCCCUGGAGAUGCCCGAAGGCCUCCCAUCUGCUGUUCCCAGCGGGACCUAGGUCACACCACAGCCGGAGGAACAGGGGGGUGGCCAUGGGGUGGCAGCAGCCUGCCCUGGGGGCAGUCAAGGCCUCGCUGAUCUUGUCGGCACUGCUGGUCCCCUCGCAGGCGGUGGUGCGGGCCGUGCUGGAUGGCAACUUGAGCACUGUGGACUUUGUGGAUUUGCCGGCCAUGUUUGGGGUGCCCCUGGCCCCCGAGGGUGUGCGGGGCUACCUGAUGGAGGCCAGGCCAGCUAAUGCGUGCCACCCCAUUGAGGGCCCGCGGCUGACGGGCAAUGGCUCCCUGGGCGCCAUCGUGCUGAUCCGUCGCUAUGAUUGCACGUUUGAUCUGAAGGUGCUGCACGCCCAGCGGGCCGGCUUCGAGGCCGCCAUCGUGCACAAUGUCCGCUCGGAUGACCUCGUGCGCAUGGCACACGUCUACGAGGACCUUCGGCGCCAGAUUAUCAUCCCCUCGGUGUUUGUGGGCGAGGCCGCCUCGCAGGACCUGAGAGUCAUCAUGGGCUGCCACAAGUCAGCCCAAGUCCUCUUGCUGCCCGACUACCCGCCGUGUCCCCACCUGGACUGCCAUCCCGUGCUGGCCGUCGCCUGGGUGCUGGGCCGCACCCUCACCCUGCUCAUGUCCACUUUUUUCAUCCUGCGAUGCGUGUGGAAUUGGCUCUGGGCCUGGUGGACCCGCGAGCCGGUGGCAGUCAAGACAUUGACCUGCCAGAAGGCCCAGGUCCGCACCUUUACACGGCUCAAUGACUUGUGUGCCAUCUGCCUGGACGAGUAUGAGGAGGGCGACCAGCUCAAGAUCCUGCCCUGUUCCCACACCUACCACUGCAAGUGCAUUGAUCCCUGGUUCUCCCGGGCCACCCAGCGCUCCUGCCCUGUGUGCAAGCAGUCAGUGGCCAGCACGGAAGGCAGCUCUGACUCCACCGUCGACAGCUUUGGCGACGAGGACCCCUUGCUGCCUGGACACCAGCCCCCUAUCUGGGCCAUCCAGGCCCGGCUGCGCUCCCGGAGGCUGGAGCUGCUGGCCCAAACCAGUCCACACCACUGCUACAGUGCCACCUCCGUGGGAGUGGCCGAGGCCAUGGCGUCUUCAAGGAGGCCCCCAGACCCAUUCUGA